AUGAACACGUGGAGGACUGUUUUCCUAUUCGUCGCCCUUCUCUCAGCCAUUCUAAUGGCAAUCAGUGAUGAUUAUGAGGGACAAGGAGGCAUUGCUAUUGGAGAACGAGAUGCGGAUUUGGCAAAGCGAUCGCCGUCGGCCAAAUGGAUGAGAUUCGGCAAGAGAUCCCCCAAUGCCAAGUGGAUGAGAUUCGGCAAGCGUUCCCCAUCAGCAAAAUGGAUGCGAUUCGGAAAGAGAUCGAUGGCUGUGGAGGAGAUGAUCCCCGAAUAU